AUGAUUUCCCAUGCGUCUGGCGCAGUAGCUCCCUGCAACGGUUCCGACGAGCAUCAUUCGUCCCCUACCCCUACCCGGCGGAAGUCAGACGCAGGGAACAGGACUCAUCGUCGCGGGGAUCUCUCUAACACGAACACGAUGACUCCAAGUCGGGGGAUCGACCAACAAACGGAGCUGCUCAGGCGCAGUGUUCCCAUCUGGCCAACGCAACUUCGGCGGUACACCGAACUGCUGUUACCGAUACCUCCACAUCACGAUUAUAACGUGCUGGCGAUGCAAAUUGAUCCUGCCAGGCGCGGAGAGAAAGGGGAGUGGAAAGAGUGUAUUCACCCGUCGGGAGCAACAUACUACUACAACGAGAAAACGCGAACAUACACCGAGAUGAAUAUAGACACCUGUUCAGAGGAACAGCUUCGAAGGCUCGAGUCCUGGAUCGACGCAUCAAGAUCAAAGAUCGAUGGAAAACAAUGGCUAUUAGUCGUUGAUCCGAUAUUAGCGAGAGGGGAGGAGGUCUACCCAUAUUAUUAUGUGGCCCCGGAGAGCAAAAUUAUCACCUGGGUUGAACCGAUGGACGGUUACAUUCUAUUCCAAGAAUGCACAGCAGCAUGGCACUGGAACCACAAAAGACUCGAACUUGAAGCUCAAUACUGGAAACACGUUGAAUAUUUUCCACGCGGGAUGGAAAUGCGUGUCUCAGAAGUAAGAAACUUGCGGGUGAAGUUGAACUGGUAUCGUGUAGGCGAGUUCUUUGGCUUUGCGGCGCCCACCAGAAUAACCUAA